UUGAUUCAUUCAUCUCAAACACAGAGUAGAGUAUUACUCAUAAACAGUCAAAGCAAGUCAGUAGUGUUUUGAACAAAUGGGUUGCAUUAAGAUCGUCUCCCUGCUCCUUGUAUGCAUGCUGGUGGCUGCACCUGUCACGACAGAUGCAGCGAUCACUUGCGGCACGGUGGCAAGCCUACUGCAACCAUGUAUCAGCUACCUUCAGGGUAGGGGGCCUCUGCCACCUGCUUGCUGCAACGGAGUGAAGUCUCUUAACGCAAAGGCUACUACCACACCAGAUCGCCAAGCUGCUUGCAAUUGCUUGAAGGCUGCUUCACAAGGCGUUAAUGGUGGUCUUGCCGCAGGUCUCCCUGGUAAGUGUGGUGUCAACAUUCCUUACAAGAUCAGCCCCUCCAUUGACUGCUCCAAGAUCCGGUGAAUUAUCACCUCAGCAUCAUCGGAAAGGAAGUGAGGAAUAUUUUAGAAUUACGUUUUAAGGUAUUUAGAAUAAGAUUGGAGUCUCCCAUCUGAGAGCGAGCCUCCCCUGUUUUGGGUCUGUGUUUUGUCUAUGCAAUGUAAUGGGGGUCUAAUGUAUGGAUGAAUGUAUUAAAAACUAUAUAUAAUCUAAUGCGAGUUGUUAUAUAAUUA